UUUUUUUUGUUUUUAAUCAGAAACCCUAAUGAUGAAAAAUAUAGAUCUAUUCGGAUUGGAAACACAACUUUUUCUACUAGACUCUUGCCCGUCAGAGGAGCCGUUGAAUGUUUAUUUGAAAUGGGCUUUGAGGAGGGAGAAACACAUCUUAUCUUUCCUAAAAAAGCUUCAGUGGAUCAGCUGCAAAAAAUUCGUGACCUCAUUGCCACAGAGAGAAGUAGCAGAUUGGAUGAAUCAUAUAAGAGCCACAAAGCAGAAUUAUCUCAGCAACCUGCAACCAGUAUCCAGCUUCCUACAGCACAGUCUUCAGAUCCUAGUGGGUUAACCCAGCAUGUAGGGGACAGUGGAGGGCAGUCAUCAAAUCCACCAUUUGCUCCAAUGGUUACUGCUGAUUCAAUCAUUCUGAAAGUUCUUCAGGCCAACCUACAGCAUGUGCUGGUCUAUGAAAAUCUUGCUCUCCAGCAGAAAGCAUUGGCUUGUAUUCCCGUCCAAGAACUGAAAAAGAGAUCCCAAGAAAAGUUAUCUAGAGCUAGGAAAUUGGAUAAAGGUACUAAUUUAAGUGAUGAGGAUUUUCUUUUGCUGGAGCUUCUGCACUGGUUUAAGGAAGAAUUUUUUCAAUGGGUGAAUGACAUUGUGUGCAGCAAAUGUGGUGGCACGACGAAGUCUAGAGGUGAAGGAUUAUUUCCCACUGAAGACGAGUUGAAGUGGGGUGCAAACAGAGUGGAAGAUCAUUAUUGUGAUGCGUGCCAGUUCAGCAAUCGGUUCCCGAGGUGGGUAUCCAGUGGACCGUCAAGUCUUAAUGGAAUGGGUAGAAGAGAAUUUUUAUUAAACGAAAUUUUUAAUCUUCAUUUUAAUUAUUAGGUCAAGGAUCAACAAGGUAUGACUGGCAGGCUAAAUCCAGCCCACAUCCUAUUUUGUAAAUAAAGUUUUUUUGGAACACA